AUGAAGUUCUUCUGUCUGACGUUCAUAUCCAUAUUCUUCAGCUUCUUAGCUUCAGUAAAUGCAUCGAUGUAUUUUCAUUGCCCGAGUGAAGCUUUAAUCUUGUAUGACGAUGUUAUGCAAAGAGCACAAGAAAUGUAUCUUAAAGUGAGAUUGUUUGACGCCAACACACAACUCGGCCAAAACACGGUAGAUGACAUCACUAUUUCUGGUAGUGUGGAGAGUGGAGACUUGUCUUACACUGGCCCGUUUUUUCCGUACUUUCAAACCUCACACAAAUACAGUAUUUUUAUAAAUGGAAUCACGACAGACAUGUACUUAAGUGAGACUACAGGAAGUUCAACUCAAGAUUGUACUAUGGGACCACCUGAAAGCCACCCACCAUCAAACAGAGUAUCUGAUUGGACAUCACUUGGUGGUUAG